AUGGCAUCCGCAAAGCCUGCUGUCCUCAUGGUCAUCUCAUCCCACGAGCCGGGAUGGUAUCUGCCCGAAUUGGCUCACCCGUUCGAAAUUUUGGAACCCUCCUGCAGGAUCACAAUUGCCUCUUAUCUUGGAUCAAAUGCGCCACCGGACCCAAAGUCGGUUGACGUCUUCAAGAACGAUGAGAUUUGCGCACGGUUCUACGAGACCAAGCAAGAACUCUGGAAGAACUCUGGGAAGCUCGAAGAUUUCAAGGGAAGAGCAGAUGAGUUUGACGUCAUCUGCUUUAUCGGAGGCUAUGGUCCCAUGUUCGACGUAAUUGACUCGAAAACCGCCGAGGAGGUGAUUCUUGACUUCUACCAUCAGAAUAAGCUCCUCACUGGGGUCUGCCACGGCUCUGCCGCUUACGCGCACGUCAAGAACCCAUCCAAUGGGAAGUUUAUCCUUGAUGGUCACAAGAUUGUUGGAGUGAGCAACAAAGAGUGCGAGCUGUUAUUCCCAUCCACCGGCAUCGUGGAGCCAUGGAGCGUGGAAACCGAGCUUGACAAGGCGACCGGCGGCAAAUACGAAAAGGCGCAGAACCCCUUUGAAGGACAUGUUGUGGUUAGCAAGAGCGCAGAUGGACGAACCUUCAUCACGGGCCAAAACCCAGCCAGCGGACUCGAACUGGGCAAAGCAAUCUACGAAGAGCUUUUCGGCGUAAGCUAUGGAGCUUGA